CACCCUCAUCCCCCUACUCUUCUCUCUCUCUCUCUCUCUCUCUCUCUCUCUCUAAACCACCGAUUCUUUCUUGCAACAGUACUUUGGAGGAGAAAAACAUAACAAACAUUAAAGCCAUGGACAGGCUACCCAAGUCUGCUGCAAAUUACACAGCCCUCACUCCUAUAAAUUUCUUGACGAGAGCAGCAGUGGCUUAUGCCAGGAAAACAUCUUUGAUAUACGAAAGCACCCGGUUCACUUGGCAGCAAACUUACGAGCGCUGCUGCCGCCUUGCCUCCUCUCUUCAUCGUCUCAACGUUGCCAAAAACGAUGUUGUAUCAGUUCUGGCUCCAAAUAUUCCAGCCAUGUACGAGAUGCACUUUGCAGUGCCCAUGUGCGGGGCUGUCCUCAACACCAUUAACAUCAGGCUAGAUGCCCACAACAUAGCCACCAUUCUGGGCCACUCGGAAGCAAAGGUGUUCUUUGUUGAUUACCAAUACGUGCCCUUGGCACGCGAGGCUCUCCUGCUACUAAUGGCUCAACACAAGGAGAAGCUUGUGGCGGAGUCAUCCAUCCCCUUGGUCAUUGUCAUCGAUGACAUUGACACGCCCACAGGCGUACGGCUGGGCGAAUUGGAGUACGAGCAGCUUGUCGCCAAUGGGAAUCCGGGCUAUGCUCCGGUGGAAGUUGAGGAUGAGUGGGAUCCCAUUGCUCUCAAUUAUACAUCUGGUACCACAUCGGCUCCAAAAGGAGUAGUGUACAGCCACAGAGGUGCCUACCUCAGCACUCUUAGCCUUCUUCUGGGAUGGGAGAUGGGAGGCGAGCCUGUUUAUAUGUGGUCACUUCCCAUGUUCCAUUGUAAUGGGUGGACCUUCACCUGGGGAGUGGCGGCACGAGGUGGGACUAGUGUCUGCAUUCGCAAUACCACCGCCUACGAUAUGUAUCGCAACAUCGCCUUACACAAUGUCACACAUAUGUGCUGCGCUCCCAUAGUCUUCAAUAUCCUCCUUGAGGCCAAAGAAAAUGAGCGCCAGCGGCUGAAAACUCCGGUUCAGAUACUCACUGGUGGAGCACCCCCACCAGCACCUCUGCUAGAGAAGAUUGAAGCUCUGGGCUUCCACGUUGUCCACGCUUAUGGCCUGACUGAGGCAACCGGUCCUGCCCUUGUCUGCGAAUGGCAGGCGGAGUGGAACCGCCUUCCCCGCGACCAUCAGGCCAAACUGAAGGCGCGUCAAGGGAUCAGCAUACUGACCCUCGCGGAUGUGGAUGUGAAAAACCCGGACACAAUGGCAAGUGUGCCACGCGACGGCAAAAGCAUGGGGGAAAUUGUGCUGCGCGGUAGCAGUAUCAUGAAGGGAUACUUCAAGGACCCGGAGGCCACAUCUAAAGCCUUCAAGAAUGGCUGGUUUUUCACCGGCGACGUCGGGGUCAUUCAUCCAGACGGAUACUUGGAGAUCAAGGACAGAUCGAAGGAUGUGAUCAUAUCGGGCGGUGAAAACAUUAGCAGCGUAGAAGUGGAAAGUAUACUAUACAGGCACCCAAGAGUGCUGGAAGCUGCAGUGGUGGCAAUGCCCCAUCCCAAAUGGGGAGAGAGCCCAUGCGCAUUCAUCACCAUAAACAAGAAUCAAACGGGCCAGAAUGAUGAUGUGAGUGAAGAUGACAUCAUCCAAUAUUGCAGGAAAAAUCUCCCCCGUUACAUGAUUCCUAAGAAGGUGGAAAUUAUGGAGCAACUUCCCAAGACUGCAACCGGCAAGAUUCAAAAAUUCGAGUUGAGGACUCUAGCCAAGACCCUUGUAAUUUCCGAGAAAACAUCCAACAAGAAGUCUACUCCCGUCAAUGUGGAACAACCCAAGUAUCUUGCUCAUCAGCCUCAUGAGCAAAUCCUUGCAUUGUCUCGUCUGUGAAGCCAAUAAACUAUAAAUUAAGCUUCUAAUAAGUGUGUACAGACUCUAUAUGUUGCUUUAGAAAAUGGAUCAAGAUACUGGUUGUUCUUUAAGAAGAGAUUGUUUAGAUAUAAAAUAACGUAAUAUUUUGGUUUCCUUGUA